CGAGACAUUCAUCGUAUUCAACUCUCUCCUCUCAUCCUCAAGGCAAUCUGGCAAGCCGGAUACUGCUCGCACAUGCUCACUUCCAUGUUCAUGGACAUGCCCUACUCGAUUCGCUCUGCCUUCGACGCCGGAUUGCGGGCAAUUGAGAAGAUCAUACUCGGGGGGAAGCUUGCUGAGUUCACUGCAAUGAGGAGGCUGGAAGUCCCAGUCGCAGCGGGACCGUACAGUAUCGAACGUUUGAAGGAGACUAUGACGUGGGAUACCAGCACGGGUUAUUGGAUCAUGGACGUGGAUCCUCAGACUAUGUCGCGAACGAGAUUAGAGGUCAGCUCCGGCAUCGCAACCUUCAUGAAUGUGCACCCGGAUGAGAUGCUGGCACGUGUCGGCAACUGCGACAACCCGAUACCACAGUCUCAGCUUGAGUUCUUCGGCAGCAUAACAUAUGAGAUCGCUUUCAUGCAGUCCUCCAAACUCGUGCGCAACCUCCGCCUCGUUCGCAGAUGUCCGAAGGGUGGCAAGCUACUCGACCCUAUGCUUUGUCGAUUGACUACAAUCAGGGAGAGAGACAGUUUUGGGAGAAUGGUCAGAGUGAUGAACAUCCUUCAACGCCUCACGCCUUCCGACUACGACCAGGAGCUCAUGACAAAACCCACCACCUGCCGUCCUCUGCUAUGGGUCAUCGGGGAUCAACGUAAUGGAGACGACCUCCUGCAGUCAGCAAACUACGACUACCUCUUCUCGCAAAGCUUUCGUGGCAUGAAGGAGACGAUGGAGGGCCAGCGAUCCCUGCUGCGACUACAACGGGAAGUCUCCCAGAUCUUCAAGCCCUUUGUCGACUUCGCGGCAUUGCAAACUUGA